CUGGGGCUUUGGAUCAUGCAGCGAGAACCAUGGCAAAAGUAGUGAUGGAGAUUGCGAACUCGCCCGACUUCGAUCGUGAACAAAUUCGCGGUGAAAAGCUGACGCUUUCGCAAGCGUACUGCUUGUUAUGGCAAAAUUCUGAAGAUGGCAAUGUGGGAGGAAGGAGAUUUGGCUUCGAGAGUAACAGUGGAGCGACUGCAGCAGUGAUUGUGGAUUUGAUUGCACUCGGUAAAGUGGAAAUUGAAAUCGAACCUAACACAACUAUGGGCGUGAAAAACGACCAUUACCGUCUGAAGGUGGUUGAUGAAAAACCAACUGGUACAUAUCUUGAUGAGGCUCUCUUUAAUGGGAUCUUGAAACAUCAUGAAAAACACCCAGACAAGCCAGAGAAAGUGAAGUCUGUGAUUUUUGAUGAUAUAAGUCAACUUAGAUCAAAGAAUUACUGCUCUACCAUUACACUGGGCAGUUUAGUGGAGUUGGGAAUUCUUGAAAUGAAAGAAAAGAUGAUGGGCCGUAAAUACCCAACAGUAAACAAAGGUAAUUAUUAA